AUAUAUAUAUAUAUAUAAAGCGGAAGAAGAAACGAAAAGAAGUGGAAACGAAGAAAAAGACAAAGCAAGAGAAUAAAGGAACGUGUACACAAAGAAAAGAAGGUUUAGAGACUAAGGAAACAAGAAAGAAUAAUUAUGUUCAUUAUAAAUUAACCAUGUCAAUCAAAAAUUAGGAUCAUUAGGUUCAUUAUAACUCGCUUCUUUCAUAGUUUUGGGGGCGUAUCAAAUGUUUGUUUUGUCUACGAAAGUAGAAAUUUAAUCUUUUGUAAACCAUCUUAGUGAUAGUUAGGCCGAACCUAAUAGUCAUGGAUGAUAAACUUCAAUAAUAUUGGAUGCUAACUUUGGGAAUAAUACUAGAAGUCUCUCUUGUGUCACUCAAAAAAUGAUGUGGCUUUUAAAAUCGCCUCAUUGGGCUUGUGAUUGAUCACUAUUAAAUUUUAAUCAAAUUGUGAUUUUAAAAAGAAUUUAUUUUUUGGAGAGACACAAGAGCAACACAUACAUGAUGGACUUCUAGAAUUGCUCUAACUUUGCUGAGUCAUGUAAUGAAUAUCUAAACUUGCAAGAAAUGAAGGUGUAGGAAUAAAGAAAAAGAUAAAGUAAAAGAAUAAAAAACUAUUCAAGAAGAACAAAAGAACAAAAAAAAAAAGAGGAAGAAGAAACAAAAGGAAGAAGUGAGAACGAAGAAAAUGACAAAGAGAAUAGAAGAACAUGUACACAAAGAAAAGAAAGUUUAGAGACAAAAGAAACAAGAAAGGAAUAAUUAUGUUCAUUAUAAAUUAACCAUGUCAAUCACAAUUUUGGAAGCAUACCAAAUGUUUUGUAUUUUCUACCAAAUCUUCCUUUGUGUUUAAACCAUGCAUCCUUGUGAUAGUGAAUAGAUCUGUAUUUUCAUUUAGCAAAGGAGAAAAAGGUUUGUGUGAUUGAUCAUUUAAUUCCCAUUCAUCUGCCACUCUUUUACCAAAUUAAGGGGCACAACAAUUAAGCUUGAAGUUGUAUAACAGCUCUACCCUCUACGUACGUACGUGUGCGUUUGAUAUCCAGUAAGAUGGCUGGCUGGAUUUGGCAUCACUUGCAGCUCAAAGAUAAGCUGGAAAGUCAUCGGAAUUGCAGGCUGUGCAAAAAGCCAGUAUUGGGAAGUCGUGGCUACAAAUGCGGGAAAUGCGGUGAUUUUUUCCUUCAUGAGUCGUGCCCCGUGCCAACAGACAAGAUAGAGAUAGAGGCCAGACAUGAUUUGGGAAGUACACAUCACUUGAUCUCCAUGAAAGAGGUGGACAACAAUGGCGAGAAUAAAGUUGUUUGCUCAUUGUGCGAGGAACCGGUAUCGGGUUUGUUAGGUAACAAUGGGCCCACCAUUUACAAAUGCUCCAUCCCCAACUGUAGCUUCCUCCUUCUUCAUGAACCAUGCGCACAACUGCCCAUCACGAUUACAACACACCCUCUGCACCUCUUACCAAACCACGGCCUUGUUCUCAUACCGUUAGAUGAGACUAAUAAUCGUGAAUUUUGUUGCCGUGCUUGCGGUAAAGUUUUCACUAGAGGCUUCUGUUACUAUUGUGGGGAAUGUAGUGAUUAUAGGCUCGACUUCAAAUGUGCUUCUCGUUGUCUAAAUAUUAGUACAGCUGACAAUUGUAACCGACACGCAUUCUUCCCCACCCGAAAUCCGAUCCAAUUCACUUGCGAAGUGUGUGGUGGGGAAAGCAGUGACGUUGCCUAUCUAUGUAGCAAUUGUCGACUUCUUAUUCACUUUAACUGUAUUAAAUUUCUAGGCAGCAUCAAAGUUAGAGGACACGGUCACUCCCUCACUUGCACCUUCUCUCUUAGUAAAGGCAAAAAGCACAAGUGCCAAGUCUGUUACGAAGAGGUGGAUACCAAGUAUGCAGCUUACUGUUGUGAUGAUCACAAGUGUGGCUACAUUGCCCACUUACGGUGUGCAUAUUGGCUUAGGAGGGACGUGAGUGAAACCAGUACUGUUUCCGUUGAGUAUACUACUCAUUUGGUCGAGGACAGCGAUCUAAAAGAGGAUGAAAAAACUGGCCCUCAGGAGAUCCAACAUCCGAGUCAUCCUCAACACAAAUUAAUCAUUAAAAAGUAAGAGCUCCAAGAUGUCAAGCGUACGUGUUGUGAAGGGUGUAUGCAAUUUAUAACGUUGCCCCCGUUUUACGGUUGUAAGGAAUGCAGCUUUUCCCUCCAUAUAAGAUAUGCUAAACUACCCCAAGAGGUCAGGCGACUUAAACAUCACCAACACCCGCUCACCCUACGUAAUGUAGAUUCCAAUAUUGUGCAAUCGUUCAAUUGUUGGGCUUGUUGGCGAUCUCGAAAUGGCUUCAGCUACAGAUGUGCCAAGAAUUCGUGUGGCGACAAUGGAAUGUUUGAUGCUCAAUGUAUUUUAAUUCCGGAAAUCUUUAAACAUAAAGGUCACCAACACCUCCUCUUCCUUGGUGAAUUUUAUCAACCAGAGUGCAAUGCUUGUGGUCAACGCCCUGGUGGCGCUCAAAUAUUUGAUUGCACUACUUGUGGGUUCCGCUUGUGUAUUAAGUGUGCUACUCUUCCACUCGUAGCUAGGCAUAGAUACGACAUACAUCUCCUACAUCUCUCUUACGCCGCCGCCGAAGACAACUCCGAAAAAUAUUAUUGUGAAAUUUGCGAAGAAGUAAUGAACGAAAAGCUUUGGUUCUAUUACUGUAAAGAUUGUGACGUCGCUGCUCAUCCUCGAUGUAUUCUUGGAUAAACUUGGUUGGAGGAGUAGUUACAUUUAUUUAAAUUUAUAAUUGUACUAUAGGUUUUAUUUAAUUACAAAAGAGCUCCUUAUCUUGCU